UAUAAGCCAUGUGCCGUAUGAUGACAGUACACACAAUCCACAGUGCUCUCCCAUCUCAGCAACGUAUCCUCUUCACAUUGUGUCUGUCUGUCUUCUCUUCUGCACAUUCACCAGCUAGGAAAAUUCCGAGAUGAAGUUGUUAUUGGUAGUAGCGAUGGCGGCGCUAGCAAUGGCGCGACCAGAACCACCCGUCUACCUGCCACCUUCUGGAUCAGGAGGAGCUAAUGGAGGAUACUCGUCUGGUGGACCAUCAUCCACCUACGGUGCACCAGGAGGCGGCAAUGGAGGCGGUAACGGAAAUGGAGGAUACUCGUCCGGUGGACCUUCAUCCACUUAUGGAGCACCAGGAGGUGGGAAUGGUGGAAGACCAUCCAGCUCCUACGGAGCUCCUGGUGCUGGGGGCAAUGGAUUUGGUUCAAGUGGCCCUUCUUCCACAUAUGGUGCUCCAGGUGCUAAUGGAAACGGUGGUCCAUCUUCGACAUAUGGAGUCCCAGGAGCUGGAGGAAAUGGAUUUGGUUCCAGUGGCCCAUCCUCAACUUAUGGUGCUCCUGGUGCAGGAGGUCCUUCUUCCACUUACGGUGCUCCAGGUGCUGGUGGAAAUGGUUUUGGUUCCAGUGGCCCAUCUUCAACCUAUGGCGCUCCAGGAGCUGGUGGUCCAUCCUCAACAUAUGGUGCUCCUGGUGCAGGAGGUCCAUCCUCAACUUAUGGUGCUCCUGGUGCAGGAGGUCCUUCUUCCACUUAUGGUGCUCCAGGUGCUGGUGGAAAUGGUUUUGGUUCGAGUGGUCCAUCCUCAACAUAUGGUGCCCCUGGAGCAGGAGGUCCAUCUUCAACCUACGGUGCCCCAGGAGCUGGUGGAAAUGGAAAUGGUCCUUCCUCUACAUAUGGAGCUCCAGGUGCUGGCGGCCCAUCCUCGACUUAUGGUGCUCCAGGAGCUAACGGAAAUGGUCCAUCCUCAACUUAUGGUGCUCCAGGAGCUGGUGGAAAUGGAAACGGUCCUUCAUCAACAUAUGGUGCUCCAGGUGCUGGUGGCCCAUCCUCGACAUAUGGUGCUCCAGGAGUUAAUGGAAAUGGUCCAUCCUCAACCUAUGGUGCCCCUGGUGCUGGAGGCCCAUCAUCCACAUAUGGUGCUCCAGGAGCCAAUGGCAAUGGUCCCUCUUCGACUUAUGGUGCACCUGGAGCUGGAGGUCCUUCAUCUACCUAUGGAGCACCUGGUGCCAAUGGAAACGGUCUUUCUUCAACCUAUGGUGCCCCGGGAGCAGGAGGUCCAUCAUCAACCUAUGGAGCUCCAGGAUCUGGAAGCAAUGGAUUUGGCUCGGGUGGUCCAUCAUCGACCUAUGGUGCUCCUGGAAAUGGCAAUGGCAAUGGCCCAUCAUCUACCUAUGGCACUCCAGGAACUAGUGGCAACGGCCCUUCAUCAACUUAUGGUGCUCCUGGUGGUGGUUCCAAUGGUUUUGGAUCAGGCAGUCCAUCAUCUAGCUAUGGUGCUCCUGGAGGUGGAAAUGGCAAUGGAGGCUAUGGUGGCGGCAAUGGAGGAGAUGGUGAAGACGAUGGCCCAUCGGAACCAGCCAAGUACGAAUUCAGCUAUGAAGUUAACGACCCACCCUCUGGCAACUUUUUUGGACACCGUGAGUCUCGUGAUGGAGAAUACACCCAAGGAUCUUACAACGUUGUUUUGCCUGAUGGACGCAAACAGAUUGUGGACUAUGAAGUGAUUGGAAAGAGUGGCUACAAGCCAACCAUCCGAUACGAAGAGGGAGCAGGUGGUGCCGGUGGAUUGGGAGGAAAUGGAGGAUUUGGUAAUGGAAAUGGAGGCGGAGCUGGUGGUUAUGCUUCAGGUGGACCCAACGGUGGAGCUGGAGGUAAUGGAGGAUAUGCAUCUGGAGGCCCCAACGGAGGUGCUGGAGGCUACUCAUCUGGAGGUCCUAAUGGAGCAGGAAAUGGAGGAUACUCAUCUGGAGGUCCAAAUGGUGGAGCUGGAGGCUACUCAUCUGGAGGUCCUAAUGGAGCCGGAAAUGGAGGCUACUCAUCUGGAGGUCCUAAUGGAGCCGGAAAUGGAGGUUACUCGUCUGGAGGUCCCAAUGGAGGAGCUGGAGGCUACGCAUCUGGAGGUCCUAAUGGAGCAGGAAAUGGAGGCUACUCAUCUGGUGGUCCUGGCAGUGAUGGAGGAUACUCAUCAGGAGGUCCCAAUGGAGGAGCAAAUGGCUAUGCAUCAGGAGGCCCAAGUGGAGGUGCCAAUGGCUACGCAUCUGGUGGCCCCAGUGGAAGUGGCGGACUAGGUGCUGAUGGAUAUAGAUACUAAUCUACAGAAUUGACUAGGAUAUAAGCAGGUUUUUGUACAUAUCACUUAUGAUUACUCCAGUUAGUAAACUGUGUUCAAUAAGCUACUAUGUACUCAAGUCGGUAUGCAAAUGAGAGUCUCCAAUAUUACUCAGUUACGAAUGAGUGCAACAAUUGUAAAUAAUUACUCUUAAUUUUAGAUUUUAACAUUUAUGAGAUGAUUGAACUCUUCUGGGUGAAGCAGUUGAUCCUGGAGAGUCAUCCAAUGCCAUUCUAGUGAUUACGAAAACAAUUCUUAGAAAUCAAUAUUUUCCAAAAUAUGAUAUUUCCUCUAUCUCUUACUCUCUCAGUUCAGUUACAGUUUUCAAUUUCCCAUUAGAUUUUUAUUGCAUAGGAUUCAAUGUUACCAAUUUUUGUGAACGAUUGUCAACUAUUUAUGAAGUAGUUAGUUUCUUUUUAAAAUAAUAUAAAAUUGGAUAUAAAAAUACAAAUACUUAUUUAUUGAGAGUUAACAUUUUUGAUAAUAUAUCGAUACAUUAUUGUUGUAGAUAUACACUCAUUUUUCAAAAGUACAACUAAUAAAAAAUCGCAUAGUAUCUUGUACUACACUGCUGUAUCUUCCCGAGAAAAUAAAACAAUAUGUAUCUGAAAAAAA